AUGACUUAUUUUCCAAUGGAGGCCACUGCUUUUCUUCUUCUUCUUUCAUUCUUCAUCUUUGCUUCUUCUGUUCAUGGAUCCCCCUCUCCCAACUCCACUGCUCAUGAAUCCCCCAAUCUGAAGCAUUACAUUGUGUACAUGGGAGUGCAUUCGUUUCCGGAUUCGGAAAGUGUUAUCAAUGCCAAUCAUGAGAUUCUUGCUUCAGUUCAUGAUCUGGGAAUUGAAGGUGCCAAGAGUGCAGUAGUUCACCAUUACCACAGAAGCUUCAGGGGAUUCUCAGCAAUGAUUACACCAGAACAAGCUGAACUACUGAGAAAUAAACCAGAAAUAGUGUCGGUUUUCGAAAGCACGACUUACAAGCUCACCACAACAAGGUCCUGGGACUUCAUGAUGGAUGGUUCAAGAGGAUACACUCAAGGAAUCUUCAAACAUCUUCGUAAAGACAGAAGUAGAGAUGUAAUUGUCGGUCAUCUUGAUAGCGGUAUUUGGCCUGAAGCUCCAUGCUUCAACGACAAUGGAUUUACUCCAGUCCCUGCUCGUUUUCAAGGAUCGUGCGCUCCAGCAGAUCAGUUCACAAAUGCCUGUAACCGGAAAUUUAUCGGUGCUCGUUUUUACUAUCAAUCAUUUGUGCAAGAAAAUGGGCCUCUCGAGUCAUUUGGAAAACUAGUCUAUUUAUCACCGAGAGAUGAUUUUGGCCAUGGAACUCAUACUGCUUCAACAGCAGUUGGAAAUGAAGUCGGAAACCUUCAAGUAGCUGAUAAAUCAGACCUGGUUGCCAAAGGAGGAGCGCCUAAUGCUCGCGUAUCUGUCUACAAAAUUUGCUGGUUUAACAAGUGCAGUUGUGGUGAUAUCUUGAAAGCUUUCGAUGAUGCUACUGCUGAUAAUGUCGACGUUAUUACUAUCUCGGUUGGAACUUCUCCGAAGACAUUUCUAGCUGAUUGUGUUGGGACGGCCUCUUUCGUUGCUUUCCAGAAAGGAAUUCUCACAGUUGCUGCUGCAGGCAAUGACGGAGACUUUGGUACUACGAGCUCUAAUGUUCCUUGGGUUCUCACUGUUGCUGCAUCAACUACUGAUAGAUUUUUUCAAAACGUUUUGACGCUCGGAGAUGGAGAGAAGAUAGUGGGUCAUGGAGUACCAAUUUUCAAUAACGAUUUGAACGAUUUCUAUGGACUUAUAUUUGCCGGGCAAGCACCUGCUCAAGGAGUUUCACCGGAGCAAGCAAGCUAUUGUGGACAAAAUACACUCAAUCCUUACCAAGUUCAAGGAAGGAUAGUCAUAUGUUAUGUGACAGACCAGAAAGAUUCCAGAGGCCUUAAAACAUCGGCGGUGCAUAGUGCUGGUGGUGUAGGAGUGAUAAUCAUUGAUACUGCUCUUGAUAAUGAUGUCGUAUUCCAUGAAUCCUAUGAAAUUCCUAUUUCCGUAAUCGGCCAAACAGAAGGACAGAUGCUUGUAUCAUACAUGAGGACAACCAAUCAGCCAACCGCUACCAUUUCACGAACAAAAACAGCGCUUGGCGUCAAACCUGCACCGAAGAUGGCUUACUUCUCUUCAAGAGGUCCUAAUCCCGUGGAAUCUGACAUUCUCAAGCCGGAUAUCACAGCUCCAGGUUACAAUAUACUAGCAGCUUAUCCUAUCCCUGAAGGUCAAAACAUGAAAGCCAACGAAAUAUAUUAUAAGUUCGAUUCUGGAACCUCAAUGGCUACCCCUCAUGUUAGUGGCAUUGCUGCUAUUGUAAAAGCUGCAAACAGUAACUGGAGUCCUGCUGCAAUUAAAUCCGCGAUUAUGACAACAGCCACAAGAAGAGAUAAUACUGGUAACUAUAUCCAGUCGGGCAACGCCCAAGCGACUCCUUUUGAUAUGGGUUCAGGACACAUACAGCCUGAUAAUGCACUAAAUCCAGGACUUGUCUACGAUUUUGGCGUCGAUGAUGCCAUCAUAUUCCUAUGUACACAAGGCUUAAGUGAAGAUCAGCUUCAAAAUAUGGUUGGAAAGCCAGUGAAUUGUCCUAAUCCAGCACAUCAAGCUUACGAAGUCAAUCUACCUUCAAUUUCAGUCACAAAAAUGACAGGACCAGUCUCAGUUAAGAGAACAGUCACAUUUGUUGGAAAAACCAAUGGCCCUAAAGUUUUCAAGCCGGUCAUUGAGCAGCCUUAUGGUGUUACUGUCGACGUGGAACCAAAAAUUCUCGACUUCACUGGUAAUAAAACCAUAACUUAUGCUGUGAGUUUUGCACCACAGAUAUGGGGAACAGGAUUUGCCUUUGGACAACUGGUGUGGACCGACGGUUCUCGCUAUCAAGUUAGGACUCCUAUUGUAGUUAAAGUUGGUUAG